AUGGACGCGGGGCAGAUACUCUCCCCCGGCGAGGCAGAGUGGCCCCCCGAGCUUCGCCUCCCGCCGCCGCCUCCCAUGCCGGACCCCGCUCCCCCUCCGCGGCCCAGCCAGCCGCCUCCAGCGCCACCAGCGGGGUCGGCACACCCUCACCGUCUCACUGCGUGGCUGCAGGCUCCUGCCUCGAACAAGGAGCCUUCCCCGCCUCGUCACACGGAGGGGUUUGAUGAUUCGCACUUCCUCGGCUCGAUCAUGGAGGCCGCGGCCCCGGUCCAGCAGCAGCAGCAGCAGCAGGAGGAGGAGGAACCUGCCGUGGCUGAGGCACCGGUGAAGAGGAAGAGAGGCAGGCCGCGGAAGAACAGGGACGGAGCGGUUGCUGCGCCUGCGCCGCCCAAGCCAGUGAAGAAGAAUGACGAGGAGGAGGUGGUGUGCUUUAUCUGCUUCGACGGGGGCAGCCUCGUGGUUUGCGACCGCAGGGGUUGCUCCAAGGUGUACCAUCCUGCCUGCAUCAAGCGUGACGAGUCGUUUUUCCGCUCCCGUGGCAAGUGGAAUUGUGGUUGGCACAUUUGCAGCAGCUGUGAAAAGGCAGCACAGUACAUGUGCUAUACUUGUACUUACUCCCUCUGCAAGGCAUGCGUCAAACAGGGCAAAUUCUUUGGUGUUAGAGGGAACAAGGGCUUCUGUGACACUUGCUAUGCCACUAUAUUGUUGAUAGAGUCCAAAGACCAAGAUGCUACAAAGGUGAUGGUUGAUUUUGAUGAUAAAAAUAGUUGGGAAUAUCUCUUCAAGUUAUAUUGGCUGGAUGUAAAAGGGAAGCAUUUAUUAACAUUGGAAGAACUAAUCAGUGCCAAAAGCAAUUGGACUGUUCGAAGCAUUUCUGCUAGGAGAGAAAAAGAGGAGUCAUCUGGUGAGCGAUAUGAAGCAAACAAUGACCACAAUGUCAGUUCUGACAGCUCUUCGAGGAAACGAAGUCGGGGUACUUCUUUAAGGAAAAGGGGCCGGAAGCGGCAAAAUCAUAGUCUUAAUACUGCAAGGAACUGUGAAAUUUCAAUUAAAGGUUCUGAAAGCUUACCCAAGGGAGCACCAUUUGAAGGCAUGGAUUUGUCGGGUGACACGAAAUGGGCCUCACCGGAGCUGCUGGGAUUCAUUGGGCACAUGAGAAAUGGUGAUGUGUCUCAAAUUUCCCAAUUUGAUGUUCAGGUUCUGUUGCUUGAGUAUAUAAAGCAAAAUAAUCUUCGUGACCCUCGCAAAAAAAGUCAAAUUAUUUGUGAUGCAAGGCUUAGUAGUCUGUUUAGGAAACCACGUGUUGGUCAUUUCGAGAUGUUAAAACUUUUGGAGAUUCAUCUUCAUGUGAAAGAGACUCCAGCAUUAAAUGGUGAUACCCAAUUAGCCCGUGAGCCAGAUUCAGCACAAGUAGAUAGUGGAGGACAUAGUGAGAUGGGAACUAAGUUAAGCUCUGAUAAGAGGAGGAAGACUCAUAAGAAGCUUGAAAGAGAUCUACCAGCUAAUCUAGAGGAUUAUGCAGCCAUUGACAUGCAUAAUAUCAAUUUAAUAUACUUGCGCCGCAGCUUGAUGGAGGAUAUCAUUGAUGAUGUUGCUGCAUUCUCUGAGAAAAUUACUGGUGCUUUUGUGAGGAUAAGAAUUCCGGGUUCUGGCCAAAAGCAAGAUAUGUAUCGCCUAGUCAAAGUUCUUGGUACACAUAAAGUUGCAGAACGAUAUAGUGUUGGUAAGAAGACAACAGACUGUGCACUUGAGAUAUCAAACUUAGAUAAGAAGGAAGUGAUCACAAUGGAUACGAUCUCAAAUCAGGAUUUCACGCAGGAUGAAUGCAAACGCUUACGCCAGAGCAUGAAGUAUGGUCUAAUUCCUCGACUUAAAGUGGGAGACAUAUAUGAGAUAGCCAAAAGCUUCCAAUCUCUGCAAAUUAAUGAUUGGUUGGUAAAUGAAAAGCAGAGGCUGAGCCAUCUCCGUGACCGUGCUAGCGAAACUGGACGCCGAAAAGAACUAAGAGAGUGCGUAGAGAAGUUACAACUUCUGAACACUCCUGAAGAAAUAGCACGCAAGAUUAAUGAAGUUCCAGAAGUACAUGUUGACCCCCAUAUGGCUCCUACUUAUGAAUCUGCUGAAGAAUGGAAUGAUGAAACAACUGUUGAUUUGACCAUAAAUAGGAAUGGACCAGAUCUUCUGUUUCCUGGAAAAGAAGGGACAGAAUCAAACGCUGUGCAGUACCUGUCACAAAAAUGUCCCGAUGCUAGUUGUCACUCUAGUUUAAAUCUUCCUACGGAGGGCGUAACACAUAUACCAGGAGCAGGAAGUAUCACUAAUUUGCAGGCAGCAAAUGGGUUGAAUAUUCCUCGGCCUCGCAUUGAUUUAAAUAAUACAGCGGGUGAUGCUGCAUCAGUUCCGUCAUCUGGGGUUGUAUCAAGUGACACGGAGCCAGAAAAAGUAUGGCACUACAAGGACCCUUCUGGAAAUGUUCAGGGCCCGUUUACUCUUUCACAGCUAUCCAAGUGGACUACUUAUUUCCCAAGUGGCAUGAAGAUAUGGCUCACAUUUGAGAGUGAAGAGAACUCAUUGUUGCUGACUGAAGUGCUCUCAACACAGAAGAAAGAUAUCAUUCAACCUACGCCAGUUAUUAACAAUAAUAAAUCUGCAUGGGCAGGCUCUGGGCAAGAUAGAAUUAACCCAAGUAUGACUGGAAACAUUACUUCCCCUAUUGGCUAUAAUGUUGUCUACUCUUCUGGGUUACCCAGCCAGUCUUCUGACCAUCCUCCUCUGAGAAGAGAAAGUCCAAACUUUAUGGGUGAAGCUUUGCCAUCAACAACAUGCUGGGAGCCACUGGCUUCUAGUGUCCAGAUUCAGCAUCAGGCAAACUAUGCAAGCACCAUUCCAUCUUUUGCUGGUUCAUAUAGAUCAACAGGACCUCAUGGUGAUGGGGUCCCCCGAGAAAAGAUUGGGGAACACAACAAUCGCCAAGAAACCGGUGGUUUGUGUAGUCCAACCCCAGCACCAAAGAUUCACAACAGCCAGAGUAACAUGAAGCCUGAGAGCUGUUCAAGGUCAAAUCUUGUUGAUGGAAGAGAAUCCAAUUCAGCCUUGGGCAUUCCUAGUCAGUCAAGAGCUCCUGCCUGCGGUGCACAAUCAACUUCAUUUACAUGCACUUCUAGUUCAAGCAAGACCAAGGAGAUCAUGAAUCUGCAGAAACCAUGCCCCCCUGAUGCAUCAAAUGCUUCAGUUAAUCAACUUUUUGAGCCUAAAAUUGAUUCAGUGUUAUCCCCUGGCACUCAAGAUCAAUAUCCCAGUCCAAAUCCAAAAUUUGAGAGGAAGCAGCCUGUGAUGAACAAGUCAGGGUCAACAUCAGUAGCACCUGAAGAUUCAGCUACAAAGGCAUAUGACCACUCUUCAAUAGCUUUCGUGUCAGAAACAUCUGGUCCGCCUUCAAGUAAAUUUGUUGGCUUGCAAUUACUUAAGGAAACACAAACAUCAUGUGUAGAAGAAAGAGAUCUAAAAGAUGGAGGCUGUGUCACUCAAACAGCACCACUAAAAGGAGAUGCCACAUCAGCUAAGAGAGAUAACAUAACUGUUAGUUCUGUCUCUGAUGCUGGAGUUUGUGAUGUGCUGGGAUCUUUGACAGAACCAAACUGUGGAACUUAUAAUGUGCAUGCUGGAAUGCCUUUGGAAAAUGUCACCCCAGCUUCAGCUGAGGAAGAAAGGCCGCAGUGCUCUAGCCCUAUUGCGCUAUCUCCUUGGGGUGAACCUAGUUACUAUCAAGGCGGAGCUGUUGAUUCUGCUCUGUGGGGUGUUCAAGAUGACCCAAGCAAUGACAUGUGGUCAUUGUCUUCACCAACACCUGCUCUCCAACCCUCCUCAGAUCUUGGAGCUGAUGGAAAAGAUACUUCAUGCAUUAUAGAGGAGGCAGUAGUAGCCCGAGGAAGUAGCGCUGUUGGUGAAAUAUCACCAACACCAGAGGAAAAGAUGGAAAAAGGCAACCCAAGCGCUUCCACAGAUUGUGGAGUGCCAGAGCAGGUAAAACUAAAACCAAGUGCUGCAUUGUUGAACUCAUCUCUCAAGAGCACAGAAGCUUCAGGCGGGCAACCAUUAGGCUCAUCUUUGGAGGGGAGCACAAAAGCUUCAGGUCGGCAACCGGUAGGCUCAUUCCUGGACGGGAACACAAAAGUUUCAGGCAGGCAAGCAUCAGGCCAAUUUCUUGAGGGGAGCACAAAGGCUUCAGUAUGGCAAUCAGGUUCAUGUCUAGAGACAAGCACUAAAGGUUCAGGCUGGGGUUCAUCUGUAGAUGGAAGCACAAAAGGUUCAGGCUGGGGUUCAUCUGUAGAUGGAAGCACAAAAGGUUCAGGGCGGGGUUUAUCUCUAGAGGUAAACGCAAAAGGUUCAGGUUGGGGUUCAUCUCUAGAGGGAGGCACAAAAGGUUCAGGUUGGGGUUCAUCUCUCGAGGGAGGCACAAAAGGUUCAGGUUGGGGUUCAUCUCUAGAGGGAAGCACACAAGCCUCAGGCUGGUUACGAUCAAGUUCAUCUCCGGAGGGGAGAAAAACUCCAGGUCGGCAUUCGUCAGCCCGUGAGAGUUCAAAGGUGAAUUUCAAGAGUGGCAGCCAAAACCGUAACUCGUCUUCAGGUCACCAAACAACACCAACAGCUAAAAGCUCUUCAGAAGCACAAAGGAGACAGGGAAGCACCAAUUCAAAUUCUGCUGGCUGGGGAGAGGCACCAGGGAGCAACAAGAGCUGGCAUCCAUCUUCUGGCAGUGCUAGUCGAGGCAGCCAGUCGAAUCAACACCAUGAUAGGCACUGUCAUGGCAACGAAUCACGGCGGGGUAGCUAUCAGGGCAAUGAUUCACGGCGUGGUAGCUCGAACCACUCUAGGAGGUCGUCUGAUCAUCGUCAAGAUCAUGGCAGCGGUAUGUCGUCAAGAUCAUCGUCAAGAGGGCAGUCUCAACGAGGAAUAUGCAAAUAUUAUGAGAAUGGCCACUGCUGGAAGGGGCCAUCUUGCUCUUUUGUACACCGUUGA